GGAAAUGGCUGCAAUCCCCACCCCCAUGGUGGUGCGCGGCUGCAUGCGAAAUUCGGCAUGAGUGUCCUCGCGAGGUCCUGCGCUGGGCCCUUGCGCGUCGCGGUGCGCGCGGCAAUCCCUUGUCUUUGGAGAGGGAACUAUUUCAGCUCUGGGAAAGAGCCGGCGGAAAACGAACCGGUGACUCCGAUGCUACGACACCUUAUGUACAAAAUAAAGUCUACUGGUCCCAUCACUGUGGCCGAGUACAUGAAGGAGGUCUUGACUAACCCAGUAAAGGGAUAUUAUAUGAACUAUGACAUGCUAGGAGAAAAAGGAGAUUUCAUUACUUCACCUGAAAUAAGUCAGAUCUUUGGGGAGCUACUAGGGAUAUGGUUCAUUAGUGAAUGGAUAGCCACUGGGAAAAGCUCAACUUUCCAACUGGUGGAACUGGGCCCAGGUAGGGGUACCCUCACUGGAGACAUUUUGAGGGUGUUCAGUCAGCUUGGAUCCGUGUUGAAAAACUGUGACAUUUCAAUACAUCUGGUAGAGGUGAGCCAAAAAUUAAGUGAGAUUCAAGCAUUGAAACUGACUGAAGAGAAGGUCCCAUUAGAGCGAAAUGCUGGAUCCCCAGUGUAUAUGAAAGGUGUUACUAAGUCUGGGAUUCCAAUUUCCUGGUACCAAUAUCUGCAAGAUGUUCCAAAAGGUAACAGCUUUUACCUUGCACAUGAAUUUUUUGAUGUUCUUCCUGUGCAUAAGUUUCAGAAAACACCACAAGGAUGGCGGGAAGUAUUUAUUGAUAUUGAUCCACAAGUUUCUGAUAAACUGAGGUUUGUUUUGGUGCCUUGUACCACCCCAGCAGAAGUCUUCAUACAACAUGAUGAAACAAGGGAUCACGUGGAAGUGUGUCCUGAUGCUGGGGUUAUUAUUGAGGAACUUUCUCAACGCAUUGCACUAACUGGAGGUGCUGCACUCAUUGCGGAUUAUGGUCACGAUGGAACAAAGACAGAUACCUUCAGAGGCUUUUGUGGUCACAAACUUCAUGAUGUCUUAAUUGCCCCAGGAACAGCAGAUCUAACAGCUGAUGUGGACUUCAGUUUUUUGCGCAGAAUGGCACAGGGAAAAGUGGCCUCUCUGGGGCCAAUAAAACAACAAAUGUUUUUAAAAAAUAUGGGCAUUGAUGUCCGGUUGAAGGUUCUUUUAGAUAAUUCAGAUGAGGCAUCCAUGAGGCAGCAUUUACUUCAGGGCUAUGAUAUGUUAAUGAAUCCUAAGAAGAUGGGAGAAAGAUUUAACUUCUUUGCGUUGCUACCUCAUGAGAGACUUCAUGGUCGAAGUCAUCAGGUGAAUGCGUGUCAGUCAAAACCCUCUUCAUCACCUGUAGCUGGAUUUAAUGAACUUACCUGGAGGUGACGUUUCAGUGUGGACUUAGUACCUACCCCCCAUCUGUAUAAGAAAUCUAUUAUAUAAAGGAAACACAUUUUGUACAUGGUGGGUAAAUGUGUUCACAUGUUUUAUCUUUUUACAGCCAGUGAAAACAAUCCACGUUAUGCAGUUAAAAAUCAUAGAAAUUUUAAGGCUGUAUCUGACUUUUGGACAUAACUAUGUCCUCAAUUUAAUGAAACAAGUAAGUUACUGUGAACCGAGUUUCUUUUAAUUAAUAAAGCUGGCUGCUGUAUUUCUGUUUUAUUCUAAAAAAGUAAACAUGAACAUUGAUUGAUUUAAUAAAAA